GGAGCCGGGCCACGUGACUGGCGAGGGGGAGGAGAAAUGGGCGGGAGGCCUGCGGGAUAGCUGGAGACCCGGCGAAUGUCAGGUUGUCAUGGAGUCGUGGGGUCCGGCCCGCGCAUGCGCCACCUGACCCGCCGGGCUGGUGGUGGAGCGGCGACCCUGGCCGUAGAGCAAUCCAUAUGCAAAGACUAGCUGUGAUCCAGCUUCCAGCCCGCUGAAACAUGGAGAGGAAAAUGUCAUCCAGAGAGAGCCCUCGGAGACUCUUUGCCAAGCCGGGCCGAGGCACAGAGAUGGAAAGAGCAGCUCGGCCGCUCGGUGUGGCCGCUGCUGACUCAGACAAGGACUCUGGCUUUUCAGAUGGCAGCUCAGAAUGCUUGAGCUCUGCAGAGCAGAUGGAAUCAGAGGACAUGCUGAGUGCUUUGGGCUGGAGCAGGGAGGACAGGCUGAGGCCGAGCUCCAGAGCUGCAAGCACCGCCUUCCCUGCGCUGUCCCCUAUGGUGGUCAUGAAGAACGUGCUGGUCAAGCAGGGCAGCAGCUCAUCCCAGCUGCAGUCAUGGACCGUCCAGCCCUCCUUCGAGGUUAUCUCAGCACAGCCACAGCUCUUCGUCCUUCACCCACCCGUGCCAUCCCCUGUCAGCCCGUGCCACACUGGUGAGAAAAAGUCAGACUCCAGAAACUACCUGCCCAUUCUAAAUUCUUACACCAAAAUAGCCCCCCACCCAGGCAAAAGGAGCCUUCCCCCCAGCUCAGAAGAAAGAGGAGGAGCAAGUGGGUUACAGAAGAAAGUGUGUACCGAGAGACUGGGGCCGGUCCUGGCUUCCAGUGAGCCAGCCAAGACUGGCCCUGUGCUAUGCAGCCCUUCCACUCCAGCCCCGCCCAGCUCCAAACUCACUGAGGACUCUGCUCUACAAGGAGUGCCCUCCCUGGGGGCUGGUGGGAGUCCACAGACUCUUCAGCCUGUGUCCAGCAGUCAUGUGGCUAAGGCGCCCAGCCUGACCUUCGCGUCGCCUGCCAGUCCUGUGUGUGCGUCAGACAGCACUCUGCAUGGCUUAGAGAGCAGCUCCCCUCUGUCGCCACUGUCGGCCAGUUACAGUUCACCGCUGUGGGCCGCAGACCUCUGCCGCAGCCCAGACUUCUUUUCCGAGCAGAGGCAGAGCAAGCACAGGCGCUUCCAGAAUACCUUAGUGGUCCUCCACAAGUCUGGUUUGCUCGAAAUCACGUUGAAAACCAAGGAGUUGAUUCGUCAGAACCAAGCGACUCAGGUGGAACUAGACCAGCUGAAGGAGCAAGCCCAGAUGUUUAUAGAGGCCACCAAGAGCAGAGCUCCUCAGGCGUGGGCCAAAUUGCAGGCAUCACUAACAUCUGGGUCCAGUCAUUCAGGCAGUGACCUAGAUGUGUUGUCUGAUCACCCAGACAUAUAACACAGAGGCAUUUUUCAGUUA